AUGGGCUUGCGCGACCUGAUUAAGAAGAGGGAAGAGCUGGCCGAGAGGCCGCAGGCAGAGGAGGCUGAUCGCGGACUCGGCGGGCCCGAGUUUACCUUUAUACGGACUGACACCGUCUCGCAGGAGGUCCUACACCCUCCGGGCGACGGGGCAAACGACAACUUGUACCUGUCCGCCCCUGCGUCGGCAUCUCCGUCGGGCGGGAGGUCGCCGCGACGGAGUCUAGACGUUUUCCACCGCUCUCGCAGUGCGUCCGUCUCGUCACAGACCAGUCACCAGUCCUCAUCGACGACCAAGCGUCGCCUCUCGCACCGCCUGCACCUCAAACGGCAGCCAGAGUCGUCGGAGAAUGUCCCCACCAACCUCCCCGACAUCGCCGCCGACCCGCAGGACAAGGAAGGCGCCGAGUCGCAGUGGGAAAAGCGUGCGACGAUAUUGGCUGGCCAGAAUGAGCUGGCGAGAAGCCGCCCUGCGUCUCCCGGGCCCGAGGGCAGGAUGGCCGACAUGUCCCUUGAGAGUCGGCAACGCGGGAGGUCAGUGUCGUCCAAGAAGAUCGACCAGGACAUCCAGGAGGCGAUUCAGCUCCACGAGGCCGGGCACCUGGAGAAGUCGACGGUCCUGUUCGCAAGGCUCGCGGAUCCGCAAGGGGCAAAUAACCCGCUGAGCCAGGUGCUGUACGGGCUCGCGCUGAGACACGGCUGGGGAUGCGAACCAGAUCCCGAAGGGGCUGUCCGCUACCUUUCGGCGGCGGCAUCCAACUCAGCGGCCGUCGAGCAGAUGGCGCUCCAGGCGGGCCUUAAGAAGGGAGGCGCGGCCAAAGGGGAGUUGGUCCUGGCCAUAUUCGAGCUGGCCAACUGUUUCCGUCACGGAUGGGGCAUACCCAAGGAUCCGAUAGCGGCGAAACAGUACUAUGAAACCGCAGCGAACCUUGGCGACACCGACGCUAUGAACGAGGUCGCCUGGUGUUAUCUGGAGGGCUUCGGCUGCAAGAAGGACAAGUUUGCGGCGGCAAAAUACUACCGGCUGGCGGAGAAGGCGGGAAACAAGACUCUGGGUAACACUUGGAUCUGGAAAGAAAAGUAUAACCCGCCAGGCGAGGGUGGGAAGAAGAAGUAA